AUGGAGAUCAUCAACGUGUGGGAAGCAAACUUACUGGAGCAGAUGGAGUCGAUCGCUGUUCUUCGCCACUCCUUCCCGAUCGUCGCCAUCGACACCGAAUUCUCUGGCUUCCUCCGCUUCACACCUCGCCGCGCCGCCGAGGCGUGCAGAUACCGCGACCUCAAGUAUAAUGUCGACAACCUCUGUAUAAUCCAGCUAGGAAUCGCCCUUUUCGACGACGCCGGCAACCACCCCGGAAUGGCAUGGCAGAUCAAUUUCUCGGACUUCGACCCCGACGUCGAUCCCUGCUCGCCGGCGUCCAUCGACCUGCUGAAGAACAGCGGUAUCGACGUCCAAAGAAACCGGCGCGAGGGUAUUUCUUCCGUUCGCUACGCCGCUCUGCUACGGGAGAAACUGUUCGAUCACCACGGCGGUGCGUUCGUCACGUUCCACGGCUCGUACGAUGUGGGCUAUUUGAUGAGGUUGCUCGCCGGCGGAAGGCCUCUGCCGGAGACAUCAGGAGAGUUUAUAAUGGCGGCGAGUGGCAUCUUUAACGGAAGACUCUACGACGUCAAGUACAUGGCGCGGUUCUGCCCGGGGUUACUCGGCGGAGAGGUUGGCUUGAUGAAGCUCGCGAGUAUGCUGAACGUGGAGGCCGUUGGCGUGGCACAUCAGGCGGGAUUUGACAGUUUGGUCACCGGACUGACCUUCCAGGAGAUGCAUAAGAGGUGGGCAGUCAUGGACGGUCGAAACUCCAUGAUUCUGUAUGCUUGGAGAAUGUUUGCCGUGAAAUCAAGAGCGCUUCUUCGCUCGGUCCUCUUCGGCGCCCAUGGACUUUAG